GUUUUCCAGGUGCUGUGUAAGAGGAAGUGCUGUGCCGUGCGCGAGGGGAAACCCGCACUCAGGUAACAAAAAAAAAAAAGGUGAAAUAUGCCCUCGUGUCCUCCUUUUAUCGGAAGAUGUUUCGUGUGGCCAACGUCCCUUCGAUCAACGUAGAAUCGGGGGUGGAGAAAAACAGCCCAGUUCUGUAUAGGAGAAAGGUGAGGGCCACCGAAAUUGUUUCCUCCGUCGUCACGGUUGUCAGGACUUUCGGGUUGUUUCCUUCGUGUUUAAAUGAAGCGGAAAGAACGGAGCGUGAAGUGGAAGACGGGAGGGAUGUCAGGUGUCAUCGCAUCUACCACGUUUUACUUUUCGUCUAUUCCCUUUUUACCUGCGGCCUGUGUUUGACGUUUGCCAUUUCGGGCCUGUUUUUUAUAGUGUUGGGUAAGAGUAAUCCAGCCGACUACAACUUCACUGUAUUCGACAUCAUACUACUAUGGCAAGCGUCCUUUCUGUCCGUGCAUUGCCUGUUCAUCGGAAACAGGUUGAAAACCUAUCUGAAGAGUUUGGACGCCUACUCGAUCAGCCAGCGAAACGAGAACCUGAGCAAGGCGGAACUGACGGCCACCGUCAUCGCUUUCGCCAAUCAGCAGAGUACAAACUUCCGCACCUCUUACGGACGGACGGUCGAACUUGACGACUUGCAUCCCCGGACGGAUCACAUAUACAAAACGAGCAAGAAGUGGUGCAUGCUAUUAUCCAUCGUGUCCUGUGUUACAGUUUUGUGUGUCAUCGUACAAAAUAUAUGGUCCGAAAUGGAGGACAAACAAUACACCUCGCCCCUCGUUAGUGUCGCUCAUUAUAUCUCUAAGACAGGUUCGUCUGUAACGUGGAAGACAUUCCUAUCCACCAUAGUUAGUUGCCUUUCACUUCUAUAUAACGUUCUGCCCCACGCUUUAUUCGUGGGUUGUGCCAUACCCCUUAUGGCGUUCAUACAGAACUUCAACGACAGAGCCGAGCUCUCGGCUCAGAACACCCUUAACACGGACAAAGUGAGCGAAGUACAUUACAAGUUGAGAUACUUGAUGAGACUACUCGACGACUGCUUUUCCAGUAUUAUCUUCACCACUAUAGCGGGGGACUUCUGCCAGGUCGUCUUCGGCACAUUUUUGGAAUUGAUGGAUUGUUCCGUGGAAGGUAUGGAUGCGAAGUGCAGUCGAUACUUUGCAAGGCACAUUAUGCUAAUACUGCGCUUAUGUUUGACAGUAGGGAUGUGUGUAUCCCUACAGGAGAAGAUCCAGGGCCUGCUACCGACUAUGGAGGAAUAUUCUUCUAAAUCGUUACUCAAUACCGAAAAAUUAAAGCUUUUAACAUUGAUCCAGUCGCUGCCUUCCUGUGGAAUUAGCGCUUCUUCGUUUUUUCUUAUAACGCGCGGUUUUGCCGUAAAGAUGGCGGCCGCUUGUUUGGCUUACGGAGUUUUGAUAUGGAAACUGUCCCAGCGUUAAUUUGGGGUACGGAGGAAGAUGGAGUUGUGUAAUAAAGAACAAAUGUGAUAAAUAAAACUUUUUAACACGAAAUUAAAAGUAUUUUGUAUGUUAAAAAUUAGUUACGAAGCUAUACAGGCCGCCCCAAAUGUCGGUUAACCGAGAUGCAUUAUUUUUUUUUAAAGCUAAAUUCUAU